AGCAAUGCUGACCUAGGUCUGCUUAGACUGCCACUGGAAGCCAUGCAGUCGAGUGCGUCGUCUCCGACCUUGCUGAUUGCAGCGCUGGCCCGCAAACUGUCUAGAAUAUCAUGUGACGCAUCUGUGAUGUUGCUGAGGAGCAUUCGCGAGCAGCAUGGACUGGCGGAGGUGUCGGCCGAGGCAGCGGAGCUAGCAAGCCGCCGCAACCUGCCUCUGGUGAAGCUGCCGGCGGUCGUAGAGGCGGAGGUGGACGCAGUCCUGGCUGAGCAAGGCGUGACCACGCGGGAGGCUGGGCGACUGGCAGCCGACAUCCGGGACAGGCUCAAGAAGCUGAGCCACUCUCCCCACCGCGGGGGCCUGACCCCGGUGCGAUCCAAGCCCGCCUCGGACAACCCCGCCAACCAGCCCUUCCCGCGUGCCAUCCGAGCGCUCACCCCCAGCCGCCAGCCACGGUUGCGCGGGGUGGAGCUUGCGGCGGCGCGGGAGGCGCUGGAACGCGGGGAGGUGGGCGGCCUGAGCGUGGCGGAGCUGAACGCGGCGCUGGGGCUGCCGCCGCCGCUGGAGGACAACGAGCGGCUGGCUGACAUGCUGAGGAAGAUUGCGCCCAACUACAAGUCUAUGGACCAGGCGCUUGGCGACCUCGUGGCUCGCUUCGCGCCCGAGUACGCAGCCUGCCGCCGCGUGCUGCAGGAGGCUGUCGGGCUGCUUGGGUCACGGUCAGCGGUCGCGGCUGACACCGGCUCUGGCGAUGGUGGCGGCACUUGGCCGCCGCGGGAGGUCCUAAUCCAUGGCGCCGGCUCCGGCGCGGCGGUGAUUGCGGCACUUGAGACGCUGCCGCUGGGCUCGCUGGAGAGUGCGGUGGCGGUGGAGGAGAGCAUCAUGCGGCAGACACUGGGCGCGCGGCUGGAGCGCCGGUACCGGGCCGCCGUGUCUGGCGGUUCGGACGGCGGCGGCGCCGGCUUGGCUGCUGCUGCUGUGCACGCCUCGUUCGGGCCAUGGAACCCGAGGCAUAGGGGCGGCUCUAGCGCGGCGGUGGAACUGGACAGUGCCGAGCGCGUCAAGGGAGGCGCACGUGCUGGUGCUGGUGCUGGUGCUGGUGCUGGUGCUGGUGCUGGUGCUGGUGCUGGUGCUGGUGCUGGUGCUGGUGCUGGUGCUGGUGCUGGUGCUGGUGCUGGUGCUGGUGCUGCGGGUGCCGCUGAGGGCGCGGCUGCUGCUGGUGGCGGCGGCAGCUGGCCGCGUGUCAGCUGGGUCCGCGGCCUGGCCCCCGUCCACAAGUCGCCCGGGUCACAGCGGAGGAGGUACGACCUGGUGAUUGCGCCCUACCAGCUGGUGCUGCUGCCCACACUGGAGGACAAGAUGACCCUGGUGCGGCAGCUUUGGGAGCGCUGCGGCGGCUCCCUGGUGCUAGUGGAGCCGGGCACACCCGCCGGCUUUGGAGACCUGGCGGAGGCGAGGGAGCUGCUGCUGGCGCUGGAGGCCCGGCGCGGUCAGCAGCUGCAGGCAGCGUUGGAGCGCGGCGACGCCCGUGCGGCGGCCAAGCUAGCGGGGUCGGGGGCGCACGUGGUUGCGCCCUGCCCGCACGACGGCGCCUGCCCGCUGUGGAAGGUGGGCCGUAGCACCUGGUGCUCAUUCGAGCAGACGCUGCUGCGACCCGACUUCAUGCGGAACACCGCGGAGCGCCGCCUGCCAGGGGCGCCGCUGCCGCGCCGGUACGGCGCCAAGGACAAGCAGGAUGAAUGCUUCACCUACCUGGUGAUACGGCGCGGGCCCCGGCCGCAGCGGCGCGUGGCGGUGGCACGCGCGUAUGCCCCAGCUGCUCCGCCGGCGCAACCCUUGGCAGGGCCGGGCACCGGCAGCGGUGAAAGUGCGGAGCCCGCAGCGGCCGCCGCAGCGGCCGCCGCCGCUGGGCUGCGUGUGCCGCAGCGGGCGGUGCUGAUGCAGGUGCUGAUUGACCGGAUGGCGGCGACAGAGCCAGAGGCUGACACUUCAGGGAAUGCGGCACUGCCAAAGGGCGGCGGCAGCAGCAGUGACGGCGAGGGCGCGGGUGAUCGUGGCGAGCAGCGGGCCCGCACACCGCUGUUUGGGCAUAGCGCCGGUGCAGCAGCUAGCGUCAACGCAGCGGGUUCGUCCGCUGCUGGUGCUGCUGCUGCUGCUGAUGCCGCACUGGCGGCAGCGGGCCCCCUGCCAGGAGUCGGCGGCAGCAGCAGCCCUGCCGUCGCUGCGUUUACGCGCAAAUAUCCUGCUUAUGGCCCGGGGCUGGUGGGGCGGCUGCUUGCGCUACAGGAGGCGGGAGUGGACUGGGCGACGGCCUCGCAAGAGGCAAGCAACACCGCGGCCGAGGCCCCGGAGCAGGAGCAGGUGGGCGGUGUGACGGGCGUUGUGGCCGGCAGCAACAGCAGCAAGCCGGCGGGGUCGGUUGCGAGCCAGCACCGCCCAGGCCUGGAUGCGGCGCUGGCCCAGAUGGCCAUGUCGCUGGUGCCCUCGGGCUCAACCGCGCUGUCGGCGCCGGCCGCUGAGGCCCUGCGUGCGGCGCUGCUGCAGGCGGGGCAGCCGGGUGCAGAUGCAGCAGACGAGGGGCUGGGGGCCGAGCAGGGCGGCAGCGAGGGGCUGGGGGCCGAGCAGGGCGGCAGCGAGGGGCGGCUGUCGCGGCUGAGCCGGCAGGACGUGAGCGAUGAGGAGUACGCAGCGGCGGAGGCGCAGCUGCUGCGGCGCGUCUAUCUCGGCGGAGGCAGUGCAAGCCGCGCCGCUGAUGGCGCCGCCGGGGCUGGGGGAGCCUCACCCGCCUGGGACGGCGACAGCGGCGCUCCUGCAGGCAGCGACAGUGAGAGUGACAGCGACGACGAAAGUAGCGCCGCAGGCGCUGCAGGAGGCCGGGACCCCAGGGCGGUCGUGGUGGCGCCGCCGGCUGAGGUGCACCUGGCGCUGGCGUCCUCGUACGGCUGGGGCCGGGUGCUGCGGCCGCCGCGGCGGCGGGGCAAGCACGUGGUUGUGGACAUGUGCAUGGGGCCGCAGCAGCAGUACCUGUUUGCGGACCAGCCAGCAGGCAGCGGCGUGGCUGCGGCUGGGGCGGUGGCGGCCGAGCAGGCUGCCGGCACAGGCAAGGGCGAGGGGCAGGGCUUGGAGGCAGCGGGUGGCGCGGACGAUGGCCAGCGGUCUGGCGGCGCCGCAACAGAUGGGGGGCGUGGGAAGCACGCGGAGCAGGACGAGGCGGAGUCGACAGCUGGGCGAACCGUGCAGCAGGUCGUUCCCCGCUCCGCGCGCAACAGCUGGAUGGGCGUGCCCGCCUACCGCCUGGCCCGGCACCUGGGGUGGGGCGACGUGUGGCCGGACUGGUUCGCGCGCAGCCACACAGUCAAGGAGGUGGGGCCCGUGCCGCGGCGGCAGCAGCAGCAGCGGCAGCGGCCUGGGGAGGAGAGGGCGGCUGGGCACGGGGAGGGGGAGGGACAGGGGGAGGGCGUGUCAGAGGUGGAGGUGAAGGAGCACGGCAGUACGUACCAGGGCACGGGAGGUGUGAGGUCGGACGGCUACAAUUAAGGGCUAGGGCCGGCAGUGUUAGUUAGUGUCGGGUAGGCGGUUUUGAAGAGCCGUUUCAUAUGGGGUACACAUGCUUAUGAGGCAGACUUUGUACGACAAACAUUUGCGCAUUUGGUACAGUAUUACCGCUUGCCCUCCUGCAAGGCGGUGUUGACAAGAUGUCUUCCCUCGCAUCGGACAAGUGUUCCCCGGUCACGGGCCAAUGGGCUGAGCCACGUAUCCAGUCUGAGGCCGCAAGCGUCUACCUCUACCCCGGCCAUGCCCGAGAGAUGAGGUAGACGCUUGCGGCCUCGGACUAGCUAGAGACGUACGUGGCGUGGGCUCAGCCCACUCUUCCCUUGCGAGGGGAAACCACAUAUCUUGUCCUGCUGUUGAUGCACCCUGCAAGCUUACUGCUUGGGAGACACCAGGGAGGAUGGAUGGAUGGUGUUUGCUGGGCGGAGUGAGCGUGUGUGAGGGCGAGGCGCAUGGAGCAUGCAUGUAUGUUGUGUGGCUAGCAUGCAUAUUUGCAUUCGCUCCGCCGUGUGACUGGUGCGACCGCGCCAGGGCGACAGUGGGCGCGGGCGGGCGGUGAUUACUCCUGUAUGUGCAGCGUGCACGUGUGUGCCGUAUGGAGGGAGCGGGCCUUGGGAGGAUAGCGAGAGGACGGCGAGGCGUGGGGGCGGCGAGGACGGAGAAGGCGAGGGCGUGUUACAUGCCAACUUGCCAAGCAAGGCCCCUCGCUCAGAGCUGUGUAAGGUGGUGUUGAG